AUAAAUCAACCAAAGGAAUAUUUAGAAUUGUUUGUCAACAGUCAGAUGUAGUUAAUAUUGAUAAAAGACCAAAAGGAAAUGCCUAAAAACACACAUUUGUCAACAUCAGAUGACAAGGAAAAGUGUACAAUUUGUUGUUUUUGAUGUGCUGUUUAUUUUGUUGUCCACAAGCUUGUUGAAGUGUUAAACAGGGGUGGGAAAAAGAACAAAUACUUAUUAGUAAUUGAAAAAAAUUAUUAAACCUACUUCAAAAAGUACAUUUUCAGAAAAGUUAUUCAAGUAAAUGUGUAUGUGAGUAAAUGUAGCACUUUACUACCCACUUCUGGUUUUAGAGUGAGCUCAAUGAACAGCUUGCAAGUAGAACACCUUUAUUCCCCCAAGGGCAAUUCUUUCUGUUAGUUUGGGUCAUGUCCUUGUACCUCAUAAGAAGAAAUCUUUGUUACUUCAUUGUGACCCCAGCAUUCUGACAGCGAGGGGACAUUGCCCGCUGACAAGCGGCCUUUACAAGCCACUUCUAGUGUUAGCUCUCUUGGCUUGUGCGAGUCUUCAGCUGAGAAGCCUGUCGCAGGAGAAGAAUACUCUCUUGAAGGCCUGAUUCCCAGUGAUAAUGAGGAGCCGGUCCAUAGCUCACCAUCUCUGAAGGGCAGAUUGAUGCAAGACAAUGAGGACGAAGCAGAGGGGGAGGAAAGUGACUCUGACGAUAUUCUAAUGGAGGACAACCAGGUAGCUGACUUUGCCAGUUCCAUGUUGGCUGCCAUUUCCUGCUGGCACUAUAGAGCCAGAGCUUUGCUUUCCAUGGACUUCACAACGGAGGAAGAGGGGUGUGAGGUCACUGAGAAUAAUUUUAAAAGAGAAAAUGGCCCAUCAGUUGAACAGGUGGAGGCAUAUCUUUCGGAUGAAAAAUAUAUCUCAGAACAGGAAAAAUCUCAAAACCUGAAAAUAGCCUCUUACUGGGGAUCCACUGAGAAAUUAAAGCCAGACACCUUUUGUGAUCCAGAGUCCAUAGAGAUGGACCAGCAGGUCCCAAAUAUUCAGGAUCUGGAGUCGGCAAGGGAAAAAGAUGAUCAGAAAGGUCCCAAAGAAGAGACAGAAGAGGCCCCAUCUCUGUUACAGCAAACUGACACACCUGGUGAUUCUUCAGAGGAAGAGGAGGAUGUAGAAGAGAAAUCAGACUCCACUAGCAUCCUACCAUCAUCUGUGCUUGAUAAGGCCAGCGCCAUUGCGGAACACUUUGUCUGUACCGCACGACGUAGUAGCAUAAGCACAGAUGAAAUGCGCUCCCUUGGUUGCCCAUCUCCACAUCUUCCCAGCAGGACUGGAAGCACUCUAAGUCUGGGAGAUACCCGCAUUGCUAGCACCUGCUCUGAGUCACAUGGCAUUUCAUUGACCCAGGAAGCCCCUCCAUCAUCAGACUUCAUGAUUGGGUCGUCAGGGGACGACAGUCUUUUUGACUCUGAUCGAAGCAUCUACAGAAGAAGGGAUUCAGUGCUUUCCCGGCAAGAUCAACUACUCAUUGACAAGAUAAGGAGCUACUAUGAGAAUGCAGAACACCAGGAUGCUACUUUUAGCCUAAAGCGUAGAGAGAGCCUCACUUACAUUCCAAGUGGGCUUGUUAGAAAUUCUGUUAGUCGUUUCAACAGCAUUCCUACUGAUAAAGGCCUUGACCUAGAGAAGACCACCAGUACAUCUGGACCUGAUAAAGCUAUUGAAUCUCUUCUUGUUACUUCAGCUUUAUUAGAGACCACUUUGAGUGCAAAUUCAGCCUCUCUGGAACAUCCUGUUAUCAGUGCUCCCACAGAUUUCACUAGGUUUGACUCUGAUGUAGAUGGUUUCAUGAAACCUCAGUCCAUCUAUUACCAAACUGAAAGUCAUCCAGAAGAGGUUUUCCGCUCCUCUUCUGAGAUGAUCAAAGUCUGGCAAGAUAUGGAAAGAGAGGUCACUAGAUGUCAAGGGGAUCUCAAAGCACUGAGGCCUAGAGAAAGUCCUUUUUAUAGAGGGACCAGUCCCAGUCUACCCAGGAAGGAUCCCAACCUGGGUAAAAAGACAGAAGCCAAAGGUGUUGAUGGACAGGUUAUAUCUGAAGAUUCAAAUCUGAGCACUAUCAGAGAGGAGUCCUUCACACCAUCACCUUGUAAAGAGAAGAAAAACCGUGCAGCCAGUGAGAAUGAUGUCAUCAGACCCAGACAGUGGGAGGAUGAAGUUAGACCCCUUAGAGCUCUAGCCCCCCGAGUUAUCAGGCUGAGAGCAGAAACUGAAGAUGAGAGAGACACAGGAGCUCAGUCAGCAGAAGAUGCUGAUUCAUCCCAAAACAAAGUUUUUCAUCUUGCAAGGAAGUACAGUCAACGCAUUAAGUGCACACAACCAAUGCUGAGACAAAGGAGUCAGGAAUCUGGGGAUACAUGGUUGGCCACGAGGAACCUUCUAUCGGUGGUAGAAGAAAAGCCAGAGAAGGAGAACAAGGGUAAACCAGACUUGAUGCUGUCCAUGGCUGCAAAUGAUGAGGCUGAUUAUGAUAGACACCAGAAGUCCCAGGUUAUGACUCCCAGCCCAGUCCACACUCCUAAUUCUGUCAGUAGCCCAAAGGUCUUGUCCCCACAUUUGUCCCAUUCCAGGAGUCCUAUUAGUCCUCCACCUGAGAACUUCAACUGGCCAGAUGUCCGUGAGCUUCGCUCAAAAUAUGCACACAUUAGCAGCUCGUCUUCUCAACCACUAGUAGGCCAAAGUCGUUCUGUGGCUGAGAGAAUGUUCGAUGGCAGUUCUAGAAGACGUUCUAGCUGUUCUUCUAGCCGCUUAGUCACCUCUAAUGGCUCCACAGACUCUUCAAUUGACACGUUUUAUCUGGGAAAGGAUUCAGGAGAAUUGCUGACUCGAAUGCAUCGUGCUGGUUCUCUAGACCAAAAAUUGGGUAGUUUGUACUUGAGUGAUCUGCAUAAUCUUCAGAGUAAAAGCAGUGGCUACUAUGUCUCCGCUCAAGCUACCCUUCCAAAUGAGAAGAAUAUAAUUGUGGUUGAGAAAGUACCUGAGGUUACACCAUCAGUAGAGAUGGACCUACCUACCAAAGAGUGCAUGAAACAGGAAAUAACAACAGAUGAUGGCUACGUCCAAAUUCGCUCACCAACUUCUCAUGAGAAGAUCUCAAUUAUGGCUGUCAUUGACCGCUGUCGGGCGUAUCAAGAGUCAGAGGAAUACCGUCUGAGGGAAGAAGGAGCAUCUAAGACAGAACAGUUACCUAAGACUGAAAGGUGCAAAAAACUUGAGAAAGCUCCAUCCCCUAGAGAACACUUAGAUGAUGAUGUUGUUAAAAAUGCAUUGGAUUCUGGGAAAAAGGCUGACGCUAGUCAACACAGUGUUGUCAGGAACCUCAGAGAAAAAUUCCAAAACAUAAGAUAAAAUCACUUGUUUUAAGGUACAUGUAUUUUAUGUUUCAGAAAUACUACAAAGUUGUUGGCUUCAUUCAUUUUUUUUUAUGUCUUGACCACUGAAGGUAUGGUCAGCACAUAUGCUGUAGCCAAAUAAAUCAUUUGGCAAAUUUAAACCUCAAAACUAAUAUUCUUUACAUUUUGCAUGCUACUUUACUGGUAUUUUGGACACUGUUUGAUUUAUGUUGCCUACUGUUAAUCCUAGGAGAAACCUAUGGAUUUUUUUAAGGUCUGAAUGUCAGGCAGAAAGUGUAAAUAUUGUACAUUCUUGCACAUGCAUUCAUUCUGUUGUACCAUUGAUUGUAGAUGUACUUGUAUGAGUUUAGUAGUUAUUUUACAUAAAUGACAUUCUUCUUUAUGAUUGUUUAAAUUUUGGCAAAAGUAAGGCUAUUCAUGUAAUACAGUAAAGUCUAUACUUGCAGAGUAGUGUAAUUACAGUCUAUAUUCUAAAUGGAACAGACCACUUGAAAACGGGUUUUUAUUUAACUUUUAACUAGAUGGCAUGCAUGGGACAAGUGUUAUUUUCCUUUUUACCUAGGCAGGGUAUUUAGGAAUAGCUCCCUUUUUGUCUAGGUAACUAGAUCCUAAUGUUUAAAGACAAAACAAGUAGUACAGUAUGACAAUUUUAAUGAAAUUUUAACCUUACCAUGUGUCAUUGUGGUGCAUGAUAUAUCUGCCACUAACACCAGACUUUGGGUAACGUCACAACAAUAGAGAAUAUGAUCCAGUUGGUUUAGCAGCCCAUGAUUAAUGCUGAUAGACUGGUCUUUGUGAAAUCGGUAAUUUUCUUCAUAACAGCUCUCUUAUUGGGGGGUGUGUGUGUGUUAUUUAUUAAGAUUCUAUCUGUACAAAUAUACAAAUGCACCAAGAAAUACAGUUCAUAAAGUGAAAAGUCUGGAAGAUUCACUCCGUAAUAAAACCGAAGAAAAUUCAA